GGCCGUCCGCGGCACCUCCCCGCGGGAGCGGGCGGGGCUCCUCUCCUUUGCGCCAUGAUGAACAAAUGACCUCGCGGGGAAUGAAAUUUAAGUUCCACCGGGGAGAGAGAGUUCUCUGCUUCGAGCCCGACCCCACCAAAGCCAAAGUGCUCUAUGAUGCCAAGAUUGUUGAUAUUGUUGUUGGAAAAGAUGAGAAAGGCAGAAAGAUUCCAGAAUAUCUGAUCCAUUUUAACGGUUGGAACAGAAGCUGGGAUAGAUGGGCAGCUGAAGAUCAUGUUCUUCGGGAUACAGACGAAAACCGCAGAUUACAGCGUAAAUUGGCACGGAAGGCUGUGGCUCGCAUGAGAAGAAAGGGAAGAAAGAAGAGACGUUGCAGGUUGCCUGGUGUUGACUCUGUGUUAAAAAGCCUUCCUGCUGAGGAAAAUGAUGAGAGUAGCGAAAACUCUAUAAGUAGUUCUUCUUCUGAUGACAGUGAUGAAGGAACAGAUGAAGAAAUAAAAAGUGAAGAAAGUGACAUAGAUGAGAGGACAGAAAUGAAAGAAGAACAAGACGCUCAUACAAAAAGGGACAUGGAAGAAAGAGCAAUAAGCAUAGAAAUUCCUGAAGUCUUGAAAAAGAAACUUGAGGAAGACUGCUACUAUAUUAAUAGAAGAAAAAGGCUAGUGAAGCUUCCUUGCCAAACAAAUAUAAUAACCAUCUUGGAGUCAUAUGUAAAACACUUUGCAAUUAAUGCUGCUUUUUCAGCCAAUGAAAGAUCUCGGCACCAUCAGAUGACUCCACAUGCUAAUAUGAAUCUUCAUUAUGUGCCACCAGAGAAGAAUGUCGAGCUAUGUAAAGAGAUGGUGGAUGGGCUGAGAAUAACCUUUGACUUCACACUUCCCUUAAUUUUGCUCUAUCCUUAUGAACAAGCUCAGUUUAAGAAGGUGACUUCAUCAAAAUUCUUUCUUCCUAUCAAAGAAAAUUCAACAAAUACUAACAGAAAUCAGGAGGAACUUUCCCCAAGCCCUCCUCUGUUGAAUCCACCCACGCCUCAGUCGACUGACAGCCAGCCCACCACAGGGGAGCCAGCCACGCCGAAAAGGCGAAAAGCUGAACCCGAAAUCCUGCAGUCGCUCAGGCGUUCGACGCGCCACAGCUCCAAUUGUGACAGGUUAUCAGAGAGCAGCGCGUCCCCACAACCUAAACGGCGGCACCUCGAGACCCCAGCCUCUAUGCCAAAGCUCUUCCUGCACCUGGAAAAAAAAACCCCUGUCCAUAGCGGGUCGUCUUCACCUAUAACUUUGACUCCUAGCAAAGAAGGGAGCACGGUGUUUACUGGCUUUGAAGGUAGAAGAAACAACGAAUUGAAUGAGGUUUUGUCCUGGAAAUUGAUGCCAGAGAAUUAUCCACCAAGUGAUCAACCACCGCCUCCUUCAUAUAUCUAUGGAUCUCAACAUUUGCUGAGGAUGUUUGUAAAGCUACCAGAAAUACUGGGGAAGAUGUGCUUUCCUGACAAAAACCUAAAGGCUUUAGUAAAACACUUCGAGAUGUUUCUGAGGUUUCUAGCAGAAUACCAUGAUGAUUUCUUCCCAGAAUCUGCUUAUGUAGCUGCAUGUGAAGCCUACUACAGUACUAAAAAUCCUCGGGCAAUCUACUGAAGCUAUUAAUAAAGAUUAAUCCUACUAUACAUAGCCCAUGACAAUGGUAUUCUGCUACAUGGCUACAAGCUGAAAAAGGAAUUAAAACAACUUCUGGAGUUGAAGACAUUGGAGAACAUCUUUGUGAUUGUUGGAUUACUCAGGAAUGGAGAACUACUUUUCCGAGAUGUGUAUAGACACUGGUGUGAGUCACUUAGAGGAUUGGAUAUAAAUCUGACUCCAGAUGAAUGAAGAAGCCUUGUUCUGACUUUUACUGCACAGGACUGCACAGGCAUAAUAAAAAGCAAAGGAGGCAAAAGCAGAUGCAUUGGCAACAGGACAUUUUCAUGAAGAUAAAUCACCAUGCUGUGUUUCAUUGUAGCUCAGCCUCUAAAGCCUGAGGACUAAGACUUGACUAAACAGUUACAUGAAGAGAAUGUGUAACUGGUAUCUUAUGGAUUGUUUUCCUCACAAAUUACAUUUCAUUUGUGGAACUGUCAUGAUAGAAAGGAUUGCUUAAUGUAAAGGUGGCUUUGCUAUUUGGCUAGCAUGACAUCUGCCUCAAAAAUGACUUUGUUGCUUGAAUGAAAGAUGUGUUGCUGACUUUGCAUUUUGCAAAGGUGUAUAAAGCCUUUCCAUGGUAAAGCUGACAGGGUUCCAAGCAGACCAUACACUGCCAGGGAUUCUGCAUUUACCUGGCAAUAAAUGAUUUCCAGAACCAUUAUGAAAGAACUGAUUUUCUACAAAUAAAUGGGAAAGUCAGUGAAGCCAUCGCAGUUUAAUUGGCAGACUUCUUUUCCUAAUAAAGUUCACGGUGGCUGCUGUGUGGAUGUGUGA